GAGGUGGACCAGAGAUGGAUGUCCAAAGCUCUUUUCAAAUGGACAGCGCAAGGACAUCCUGAACUGGACUUCAGCAGGGUGGACAGACUGUGGUGGUAUCCUCCACAAUUCCCAUUGCACGUCACCAAUGUCCCUCAGCCCGAAGACUAUUUUGGCAGCCCCCUCUUCCUUUGGAUGCCCCGAAAACUCUGGCAAGUCAAGCUGACAUGUCCUCAUUCAGAUUGCCACAAAGGGCUUCUGACCUCAUCUGGUGUUCAUCAGAAGAUCAGGCAAGUUAUUUCUCUGGACAUAACUUACUUUGUGGCAUCUGAAUAUUUAGUUUGCAAAAUAUGCAAAAGAAAGGUCAUCAGCUGGAGCCAUGCCAUCGUCUCCCAGCUGGAUGUGGGGCACAGGGGGCAGUUUCCCUGCAUCCUCACAUCCAAGCUUGCCUGUGACCUGAGGGUGGUCACUUUGAUGCGCCAGAGGGGUCUGGGAAACAGCAGCAGCCAGAUUAGGAAGAAGGUGCAGGAGAGUCAUUCAGAAGUGUGGCUGAAGAAGACUGUCCAGUACCUGACGGACUGUAAACAAGUCAAAGGGGCUGUUGAAAAGGGUCUCAUAAGACCAGUCACGUUUUCACCUCCCCCUCCAAUGCCUACUGUUCCAAAGCACAGGUGGAUGAUGCAGGUCUACGCCCAAGAUGUUCUCCAGAGGCUGACUGAGGUCAAGGCCUCAGUAACAUCAACUUAUGGACGCAUCUUGAAGCUGGACUCCACCAAGAAAGUGGCUCGGAAACUGGCUGGAAGGGGUUUUGGAACAGCGACCUGGGCAACAAAUGUUGGCAAUGAGCACGGCCAAAUAAUAAUGUCUGUGCUCACUGCUAGCGAAGGUUUUGGCUUGGGGCCAAUGAUCGAAGGGCUAAUAAGGAGAUAUGCAGUGGCUGGGGUACCUCCCCCUGAAGUGCUUUACGUCGACAGAGACUGCUGUGGAAACACGCUUCUUCGGCGAAUGUUCCAGAAGUGGAAAGACCUUAACAUCCGCCUGGACAUAUGGCACUUCAUGAGAAGGUUUUCGGUGGGCUGCACCACUGAUUCACACCAGCUGUAUGCAUCCUUCAUGAGGCGCCUCAGCCACUGUCUCUUUAUGUGGGAUGAGGAAGAUCUGACAGCCCUCAAGAUCGCAAAGCGCUCCGAACUUUCUGCCAGGCUCACCAAUCCCUCAGAUGCUGACGUGCUGCGGUCCAUUAGCCGCAGUGAGUUAGCCCUGCACUGCAGGAGAACGACACGUGGCUCUCAGGAGACUCUGGCUCUCAUCAAAAGCCUCAUCCAAGCUUUUGAUGGGGACAAUGGCCGCGACACUCUGGGGGUCCCUCUGAUCAACUCUGCACGCAUGGCUGGCAUUUUAGCUGCUCAGGCAAAACAUGUGGCCUGCAUCCAGGACCCCCCAGGCAUCCAGCUGUACACCAGGACGGGAACAAUCCUGAAAGGAGGACAUCGUUUGCCCACAUACCGCUGUGCCAGAGGUUCAACAUCCCUUGAAUCUUUUCAUCUUCACCUGAAUAGGUUCAUCCCUGGCACCCUGGCAAGUGAUGUCUUCUUCCAGGCCUACCUGUUAGAUGGGCUGGCCAGGUGGAAUGAAGACCGCGCUGUAGCCGCCACAUCAGACAAGCAGCAGCAGCCAUGCUCCUACGACCAUCUCCUGCGGCAUGCUGCUAACAGUUUGUCUGAGGAGGUCCUUGGCCAGGAAAUUGUUCCCUAUACUGGGCCAAGGAAAUACACAGGUGAACUUCUAGGGGUGGAGUACCUUUACCAGCAAACUGGUAAAGUUCUCCAAGAUUACAGACAGGCUGUUGAAGAGUCUGAGACAAUGGACAUGGAGAUUGAAGACAGCUUCAAUGAACCCGAAGAGUUUGAAGACUUCACUGUGGCCACUUUGGAGCCAGUGAGGACCUUCACAGUCUCUUCAACGUCAUCCUUGGCACCCACCAGCAGUCUGUCAGCUCCAGACCCUCAGCCUGGCCCCUCUUGGUCUCCUCCUCCUCCUGAGGGUCCUUCAACGAGUGCGACACACUCAGCGCCUGGACCUACAUCACCAUCUCCCUCUUCAUCACCUUCCGCCACCACCACCUCUGUUCCCCCUUGUGUCUUAUCCCCCGCUGAACAGAGCACCUCCAAAACAGAUCUGCCAGCAACCCCUCAACAGUUGGACUCUUCAUGUGACGAUUCUGUCGGCCCUGACAACGUGGAGGGUUAUGGGGCCGUGCAGGAGCUGGCUGAUUUCUUGGUCGGCCUCCGGCACAAUAACCUUGUGGUGACUGCAGAGGAGUCAAACCGGAUCGUUUCCCUGUGGCAGUCAUUGGGGGAUUAUGACAAACAAAAAACGGUUUACUCCCAGCGUCACCAAGCCCACCUGAAGCAGGGUAGAUUUAGAGCAACCAAAAAAAUUGUAGCCCCCGGCGUCGAAAGCACAAAAAGGUGUUUUAUCGGGGCUCACAGUCCUGCACAGUGGCCAGACUGCAACCGAGUGUCAGAGGCCAUCUUUGUGAGACUCUGUGCCUUGUACCCAAACGCCGUCCGAUGCGAAGGGAAGAAGGUUUCUCGGUUCACUAUGGUGGUGCGAAUGUACAGGACGAUUAGAGAGUGUGUCGUCUCAAAUGCCAGAAUUAUGAGUGAGACCACCAUCCAGCUCCCAGAAGUAAAUGCUGCUACAGUCACACAAUGGUACAGCAGGCGGUGCCGGGCACAAGAAAAACUAAUUUUAAACCAGGGCAUCCCACAACCUGCUGCUUCCAUGGCAGCUACAGAAAAACUUCCAGAUCCACUCCAGAAAGGAACACCUUUACAGGUGGGGACCUCAGCUCAGCCGCACAUUUUUGUGCUUCCGCCCAACACUGCUGGGGAGGCAAAACUUAAGGCAAAGCCACAGCUGCAGGCACUAGCACCCCAAUUGAGUUCUACACCCUUCAUCAUCCCAUCAGGAUCCACCUCACAGGUUUUGGUUCCUCCCGUUUUAAAUGUCCCAUUCAGUUUUGUCCUGCCUCCUCCUCCUGCCGUGCCGAUCAUACUUGCUGUGCCGCCAUCACCUCAGCCUCUUUCCAGCACGCCAUACACGACACAACAAUACCGAAAGAGGAAAAUGGAAGCAGAAAAAAUGGGUAUUAUGAAAAGGAAAUACAUAAAAAAAACAGAAACCAUAACGUGCAGCAAAUGCGGUGGAAACAGACAGCCACCAUCCCACCGUCAGUACUUUGGGAACUGGUUUUGUGAAGCAACAGAGACUCAGUCAUUUGACAAUUGGAGGGCUGAGCUACAGAAGCGUGGAUAUGGGAAAAAAAAGAGAGGAAAUGACCCACCACCACCAGCACCACCACUUUAAACAAAAAGCAGUCCUUGCACAGAAAAACUUGCACAUCCAAAGCACCUAAUGUUUUAUACUGGUUUAUAUAAUUUUUUAAACAUUGUAAUGAUGACACCAUCUUUUAUAUAUGUUUUCUAUAAUAUUUUGUUGGUUUUUUUUCUGUAAGAGUUAUUGUGUUUUUUAAGCUUCAAGUUGUCGUUCUUGUUUAAAAGGACCACCACCAGCACCACCACAAACAGAGCAGUCCUUGCACAGAAAAAUUUGCACAUCCCAAAGCACCUAUUGUUUUAUAUUGGUUUAUUUUUGUGCUUUUCUAUAUAGAUUUUGUUUUUUCUAAAGUUAAACAUUGUAAUGAUGAUACCAUCUUUUAUAUAUUUUUUCUAUAAUAUUUUGUUGGUGUUUUCUGUAAGAAUUAUUGUGUUUUUUAAGCUUUGAGUUGUAUUUGUCAUUUAAAUUUGCUAUUUCAAUAUUUCAGUAUUUGAUCAAAAUAUAAUAAUUGAAUUUUUGGAUAGAAAACUGUCAUAUGGAUGCCAUUUACGGAGGUAUUUGCAUUAAAGAACUUUUACAUGAGCACUUGAGUAUUUUAAUUUGUGUUCAUCUUUUAAAUCAACAGUCAGAUUUUAGAAGAUUGUCAAUACAUUACAUCUGUAGUUGUUUUUACACAAAUAAUUAUAUUGUUAUGCUGCUGUAGUACAUUAAUUAGACAAUUCAUUUUGUUUCAAGAUUCAAAGCAAACUUUAUUGUCAAUCUCUAUAAUGUUUUCAAAUAAAUAGAAAUUUAAAUUCAUUUUCUCUUCAAACUCCAGUCUAAAGGAAUCUAACUUCAAAUUACAGAAUGAAAUGACCAACAAAUAGGGUGAAUAUAAAUAUAAAAAAAUAAAGUCACUGUUACAAAAAGGUGAAAAAAAAUCUUAAUUUUCAUAUAGUUUAUAAUUCCAUUAUUAAUGUCAUAUAGUUUAUAACUUUAUUAUUAACAAAUCUCAUUUGCUAUGAGGCCUGGCAAACUUGGCAGAAGAGGUUAAGAAAGCCACGAGGCCAAAAAAAAAACCAGUUCGAACGCGUCCGGUGCGGGGUUCGAACCCGCGGCCUCUGCAUGCGUUCCUACAAAACUUGAAAGCUUUACCUCGACUGAUGGGCGCAGUCCUGGGCGCAGUCCUUGGCGCAACGCCUUAACCACUCGGCCAUCCUGGUUACACAACCUGAAAUGUGCAUCUCUUCAAAAAAGAAAAGUUUCCUGAUCGAUUCAUCAACCCUGCCACACUAUUCACCAUCAACAAGAAGUCAUCUCUACCACCCAAUUGUUGCCCCACAUUUGCCUUGUUUGGUUGCAGUGUUAAUCCUUCCAUCAAGAAUGUCAAAUUUUUCAUUUCUUAAAUAUUUUUAAAUGCCCCAAACCAUCACACUACUACCUGUCUAUAUGUCUGAAAAGUGAAACAAUAUUGCUAACAUGCUCUAAAUAUUUCGCUCCAUAUAGAUACCAAUACGGAAACCCCAAGGAAAGUCAUUUUUGUGUCAAAGCACUGUCUGUCCCAAGAUUUUCUAGAGAUGCACCUUUCAUGUGUGUUGUGGCCAGGAUGGCUGAGUGGUUAAGGUGUUGGACCUUAAGGUCAGAUGAGUGAUAACUCAUGUGGGUUCAAACCCCACUCCUGGUAGAGAUGACACCUGAUGUGUUGGUGUUGCCAGACCCACCACUAAAUGUUUAACAUUAAUAUAAGAACCAGACAUGCAUUGUUAAAUGAAUGUUUUUUGAUAUGUAAAGUACUUUUUUUAUUGUCAUUAAUAUUUGAGAAAAACAUCAGUGGUUGUUAGUAAAGUUCAAUAGGAGUCCACUAUUUCAUGUUUUUCUCUGACUGUAACACUGGUGGAUGUAAUAUCAUUAGAAAUGUGUCAAAGUUGGACUUUCAAUUAAAUCAGGAAAUAAUAAAUAAUUGAAGAUUGGUUACUGCUAAUUAAUCACUGAUUAUUAUUUUUGGUUUUAUUUUUUUUUUAACUUUCUUUUGGGUUUUUAUAUUGGUAUCUAUGACAGGAAUUAUUUAGAGUACAUUUGCAACUCUGUAUCAUUAGUCAGGCAUGAAGGGUGGUAGUGUGAUGGUUUGGGUCAUUUCUAAAUGUUCAUGAAAUAGACAAUUUGAAAUUGUUGAUAGAUUCAUUAUUGCUACAUCAAUAUGCACACACAGAGAAGAUAUUUUCUCUACCAGGAGUGGGAUUUGAACCCACAUGAGCAUACGCUAACACCUUAACCACUCGGCCAUCCUGGUUGCAAAAACAGAAAAUUUUAAUCUUUUCCUGGACAAGCAGUGCCAUGACUCAAAAGGCCUUUCUUUGGGUUUCUAUAUUGGUAUCUAGAUGGGGUGAAAUAUUUUGAGCAUGUUACCAAUAUUAUAUCAUUGGUUAAAUCAUGAUGGUGGGAGUGUGAUGGUUUGGGACAUUUCAAAAUGUUAAGGAAAUACACAAUUUGACAUUCUUGAUAGAUUCAUUAUUGCUGCAACACUAUGACCCAUACCGUCAAUGACACAACUGAUCUUUGAUGUAGCAAACCAUUAAUGAAGUUCUGAACCGCUCUUAGUCCGGCUCUUCUCCUAGGAUCUGUCUGACAUGGGAGACCCCACCAGGGGUAUUAGCCCAUGACAGCUUAGCUCCUAGGAGAACUUGAACCCUCAAACCCCUCCACCACGGUAAGGUGGCGGUUCUCGGAGGGGGAAUU